UCCGGCACCGCACCCCACUCCGGCACCGCGCCCCACACAGCACUAGUCCCGACCCACGUGCGGCCUCUUGGGCCGGGUGUUCCCGAAAAUAAAGCUGGGAGGGAGGGUAGAGACCGAUCCUGAAAACACCCGGGCCACACACGCCGUGACCUUCAGCUCUUCCUCAGCGCCCUAGUGGAGACUGCGCCUGCAGCGCCUUGUGCGGGUGAGGCCCGCGCAGCUGCGGGGGAAGAGCCCACCUGCGGAUCCGCUCUCCGUCUGCGCAAAAAGUGGGGCUUGUCGCUGUCCUGCUCAGGCAGCGUUCGGGACUCUUGGCGCUCUCGCCCUAACUAACUUUGGGUUCAGUCCUUUGCUCUGCUAGCGGACCGUCGCGCCUCCAGAGUGUACCCCCGCGACGCAGGGGAGCGGGCGCGCAGCACCGCGACCUCGCCAUGGCUGGGGCGCGCAGGCUGCUCUACUUGUGGCUGGGCUGCUUCUGCGUGAGCCUGGCGCAGGGAGAGAGGGUGAAGCAGCCUCUCCCGGAGCUCGGCAAGGCUGUGCAAGGAGACCGCACGGCAGGUGGUGACCCUGGUCCCGAGCUGCCGCGGCGCGACAAGGUGUCGGAACAUAUGCUGCGGCUCUAUGACAGGUACAGCGGCGGCGGCAGGGCUGAGGCAGUGCGGAUACCGGGCUCCCCCGAGCGGGGCUCUCAGCCCCGGCGCCCUCAGCCCCUGCGCGAAGGGAACACGGUUCGCAGCUUCCGAGCCGGAGCAGCAGGAACCCUAGGAAGCAAGGGGCUUCACAUUUUUAACCUGACUUCUCUAACCAAGUCAGAAAACAUUUUGUCGGCCACACUGUAUUUCUGCAUUGGAGAAGUGAUAAAUGCCAGCCUGAGUUGCCCAGCAUCCCAAGGAUGCUCACAUCAUGCUCAGAGGAAACACAUCCAGAUUGAUCUCUCUGUGUGGGUACUCACACCCAGUGGAAACCAAAGCCGACUCCUGGGUCAUCUUUCAGUAAAUAUAGUCAAACCUCAUCGAGAUAUCGUGACCUGGAUGUCUAAAGACAUCACACAACUCCUCAAGAAGGCCAAGGAAAAUGAGGAGUUCCUCAUAGGAUUUAACAUUACCUCCAAAGGACACCAGCCGCCAAAGAGGAUUUUCCCCUUUCCUGAGCCUUAUAUCUUGGUAUAUGCCAACGAUGCUGCCAUUUCUGAGCCAGAGAGUGUGGUAUCAAGCUUAAAGGGACACUGGACGUUCCCCACUGGGGCUGUGCCCAAACUGGAUAGCCACAUCAGAGCUGCCGUUGCUACUGAACGGAGGAAGAAGCGCUCCACUGGGGUCCUGCUGCCCCUGCAGAACAAUGAGCUUCCUGGAUCAGAGUAUCAGUAUAAGGAGGAUGGUGUCUGGGAAGAGAGAAAACCUUAUAAGACCCUUCAGACCCAGCCUGCUGAGAAGAAUAAGUCCAAAAAGAAACAGAGAAAAGGACCUCACCAGAAAAGCCAGACCCUCCAGUUUGAUGAACAGACCCUGAAGAAGGCGAGAAGAAAGCAAUGGAUUGAACCUCGGAAUUGUGCCAGGCGAUACCUCAAAGUGGACUUUGCAGAUAUCGGCUGGAGCGAAUGGAUUAUCUCCCCCAAGUCCUUUGAUGCCUAUUAUUGUUCCGGAGCAUGCCAGUUCCCCAUGCCAAAGUCUUUGAAGCCAUCAAAUCACGCUACCAUCCAGAGUAUAGUGAGAGCCGUGGGGGUCGUUCCUGGGAUCCCUGAGCCUUGCUGUGUACCAGAAAAGAUGUCCUCGCUCAGUAUCUUAUUCUUUGAUGAAAAUAAGAAUGUGGUGCUUAAAGUAUAUCCUAACAUGACAGUAGAGUCUUGUGCUUGCAGAUAACCUGGCAAAGAACUCAGUUGAAUGCUUAAUUAAAUCAUUAGUUUAUUUUUAUGGACUUUUGUUUGUUUGUUUGCACUGCCAAUGCAUCUUGUUCCAAAAAAAGUUUUUUAUAAUCAAAAGAGAACGAGCAAUAGAUUGAAGAUUUCCACCAAGGAGAUCUGGACUGUACUUGUUUCUGAAUGUAACUAAAGAAAAAUUAUCACUCAAACUGAUUUUGAAACUGUUAGAGAACACUGAUUUAUUUUUGUAAUGGGCUUUGGAAAUAGAUUGGACAAACAGCCAUAGCUUACCAUGAAUCCCUACUCAUCUAACGACUAAAGGGGAUAGAGAGUAAUUUCAUAUUUUGAAGUAGGCUUAUUGCCUUAGAUCCCUGAGCAACUCAGCAAGUGCUAAAUAAUCCAAUGAACUUUGAUGUUUAUCUCAAACAUUUUUUGACAAUCCUGUUUACCCGUGUGUUUUGUUUUUUUUCCCACAUGCCAUUGUGUAAAUGGUUUGGUGGAAAGUGUGGGCUGUGUGCUAUUUGUAUGUGUAUAUGUGUCCUUGUGCCCUGUGUAGGAAGGUUUGCUUAACGUGGUUUUAUAAUUCAGCCUACACAGGGCCCUUUGGCUUUUUUUUCUGGCAAGUAUCAUUCAAUUAUAAGAACUUUUCCAAAAAUGACAGAGUGAUUCUAGAGCAUAUACAGAGUUACCGCUUGACCCAGCAAUUUAAUUGGAAAUGCAGCCACUUUCAUUUCAUUACCUCCCAGAGGAGGGAACCAGCAACCCAGUUUUCAAAAACCCAGAUGUAAUUCCCCUCCUAUACUUUUUUUUUAACAAGUCCUUUCAUUUGUUCUUCUAAAUUGAAUACAAAAAUCCUUCCUGAGAUCAUGAAAAUUUCAGUUCUAUCAAUAUGCCUUUACUUCCUGUGAAGUUAUCAAUAGAUGAAGGUCAAAACUGCUGGAAUUUGGAGGAUUUCUUUAAAAGACCAAUUUAAAAUGCACAAUAACAUAUUGAAUAUUAUUCUUCAGCUGCAUCCUAGUCUUUGUAUUUUUUCACAUGGAACAAGGCUUUUGGCUCAGUCACAGAAGCUACACUUUAGCAAAUCUCGUAAAAAUUAUCCACCAGAAAAGGGAGUCAAACAUAGAGAUACUUCUUUGUUUUUUGUCCAUUUCCAUUUGUCAUAAAUAUUUCAUUUGAUGCUUUUGUUCUUGAAAAUUGUUUCAGUAUGUUUUCCCUCAUGAAUAUAUUCUUGUGUGACAGAAAUGUUUUCAUACCAUGGAUUGUUGUUGAAGUUAUGUAUCUGUGGUGAAUUCUAACUUUAGUUCAAUCCCACCUGAUGAUUAGAGACAGCUGAGCCAAUCAAGGGCUAUGACAUAGCAGAAGACAUGGGGUUUUGUCCUGUCUCUGCCUAUAGCUAGCUACGGUUUCGACCAUUUAAUGAACAUUUAUUGAGCAUCUGUUUUGUGAAAGGCACUUAUUAACUGUGCAUCCCUAGUGCCCACACUGAUAAAAUGAGGUUGACUACUUGACCUGUAAGAUCCCUUCCAACACUGAAAAUUGGGUUUAUAAUACAAGCUACUUCAUGCACAACUUCCUUGAAGAGGGGAUAGUGAUAGAUCUGAAAACACUGUAUCUCUUUUCAUAAACCAAAAUGUAAGCAUAUCCUACACUUCAGUGUUUGGUAGAUGAGUAUAGCAUUCACUGUGGUUUAAAUAGUAUUUCUACAUUACUGUUUCCAGGUGACUGCCGUGAAAAGAAGCUCUUUGACACUUGGAAUACACAAAGGUUGGUGCAGAUGUGCGUUAACUCUGCAAAUGAAACAAACCAGUCCUAAAUAGUGAAUUACAUUCUGAUGCCUGAGUUUUAAUGGGCUCAUGGUUUUUUUUUUUUUUUUUCAUUUUUCCUGGUAGCGUAAAGUUAAAGAUUCACAGUGAAAUGGAUUACAAAAUUAUUUUUAAGAUCCUGGCCAUACUGCUUUCAGUAAAGCAGACUUCUUUUUCACUGAUAGAUUUGAUUAAAUCCUUAAUUCACUUCUUUCUAUAGAUGUAUCAGACCAAACCUCCAGUAAUUUUAUGUAUUGGUUUUCAACCUUCUUAUAUCCAGAUGUCUUUUUGUUACCUUUCUUAAUUUGAAUCAUUGCCCACUUAUUACAAAUUAAAUCCUACAAUGUAAAAAAAAAGAAAUUAUUUAGAAUAAACAUUUUCCAAGUAACAAUAAAUUAAGAUUUCAUUUUAAGUAGCACCUGAUAUAACAACAUUAUCAUGUAAUGAAAGAGCUUGGAAAAGGUUUUUGAUCAGUAGUUAUUUCUGAGUGACCUUAUAACAGUCAAUUUCUUCACUGCAUUGAAUACACAGUGUGGUAUAAAUGGGAAAAGUUUUAUUCCCAAAGAAGAAAAGAAGUUUAUUUUUCAGUAGUGGGGGUUCAGGUAAAUGUGUGACUAUUUUAUUCUGAUAAAAAUUUAUUUGAAACAGUUGUAAAAUCAAGUGUUUAUUUCACAAUUUGUUAGGUACUGCACAACUCCUAGAUAUACUUUUAGUUUCUGCAUAAAUCUUUUAUAAACUUAAAAGAAUCUCCUGAUAUUAAACUAGCUUUAAUGAGGGAAAAAACCUAUACUUAUAAAGGCCAUUUCCUAAGUCAUGCCUAUCUUUCCUUCUCCCAACACUCCAUCCCCCACCCUCCCACCUUCCCCAGAUAUGGGACACCAACAAUCACAGUGUUCAUUCUUUAAAAGGAUUUAAAAAAAAAACUUCUCUUGAAAUCAAGAGGCCACAGUUGUCAAUACAAUAUUUUAAAAGUGCUUUGUUGUAACUGGUGUAAAUAAUAUACAAUUUAUAGGGUUUGGGUUCAUAGAAUUUAAACUGGAAGAUUAGAUUCCCCAGUUCUCAGGACUACAAUAUGCCAGAUAAAUUUUUACAUUCAUCUUGCUAUAUAUCAGCUGGUAAUCAUUUAUUCAUUAAGAUUUUUACCUUAAUAUUUCUGAAUAAAGCUCUUGUUGCCCAUUUAAUAUUUUCAUAGGCAAUCUCAUAUGUAUGUAAUGAUGUUAUCAGUCUGAGUUAUAAAAAUUUUUCUAUAUAAUUACAUUAUUCAGUUUAGCUUUUCUGCUUUUACUUUGCUCUGUUCUAACAAGUACUAAUAUCUGAACAUUGACUUCUUGUUGAAUCAAGGUUGAGUUAGAGAAAAGCUAUGAACACCUGCUGUGUAAGAUUAAAUAAGAGAGUAAAUAAAAAAUCUUGGAUAGUUAUGACUUCUCUGUAUUGAUUUUCCCCUGAGAAUUGUAUUUUAAUGUAGCUUAUGGGUGCUUCAAUGAUUCCCUUUUUCUAAAAGAUAAGUCUUCCUCUUAGCUUUUCACAUGAAUUUCUGUAAAUGUUUCAGUUGAGAAUUUAAUGCUUGUACAGUUGAUGGCAAUUUAAAUAUAUAUAUUAUAUAUGUAUAUGGAAAAACUUUUAAAGAUGCUUUUAAUUUAUUUAAUGACUGUUGCCUUCCUGUAAUGGUAAUAAUUUUCAUCCUUAGAUGUUGAGAGAAACCUUUUUAUUAUAGUUGCUAGAUGCAAAAUGAAACCUGAUUCGUCAGUCAAAUCCACUAAAAGGGCAUAUUGCAGUGAAACUGUGAAGGACACUUCACUACUGAUGUAUAAGUUUUGCUGAACUUGUAUCAUUUUCUUCCAGUAAUAGAAAACUUUUAUUAUACAAUAUGAAAAUAAAAAGUGCUUAAUUGAA